AUGAUUACAUAAACUGCGAAAUUCCAUCUUAUGCUUGGAAUUAUAUUUCUAACUGACCUUAUUAAAGGGAUUAUUGAGAAUCAAAUUUCUAUCCUAGUUUGUAGUUCGUCAUUACUUGCAUUAUAAAUUAGUAAGGAUUCUAAAAUUAAUAGUCAGCCUAACUUGUAUUUAUCACGAAAUUUUAAAUAUUAGAGUUAAUGACUUACUUUAAUCUAUUCUGCUACAAUAUUAUUCAAGUUAUUCAUUACGGAACUUAAUCUAUCUGGCUAUUGUUUUGUCUUUUAGAAAUUUAUUAAACAGAGAAAUAAAAAAUAUAAUACUACAGUAAAAUCUUGUAAGUAACUCUUGGUAUAGCUCUAUUUUCAUCUCAAUAUUAAGGUAAUUUAGUAUUUUCAUAAUUUCAAUCUAUUAUAUAUUGUACAACAUAUUUGUUAUAUCAAAUACUUAGAGUAGGCAGCUAAAUUUCAAUCGUUGAAGCUGCUGAAUAUGAAAUUCUGAAAGAGUUGAAGAAAGAAAUCAUUAUUAAAAUAUUUGAUUCAAAUUAUAAAGAAAUUACACCAAACAGCUCGCCUCAACUAGAAAAUAAUUUAUAUGUAUAAAUCACAUAAAAUACAUAAGUGGAUGAAAAUCAAUAGUUCUAUAUAAAAUGUUAUUCAGACAAGGAAUUUGUAGCUAGUUCAGAAUAAAACUCAAAAAAAUAAUAAUAAUUAUUGUUUCAAGAUUGUAAUUCCUUUUUAGAAUAUAUAAAUGGAUAAGAUUUUAUUGAAAAUACUGAUUACGAUUACUUCAUAGCUUCUUAAAUAGAUGUAUAGAAAAACAUAAAAUAAAAAUUUAAAGUUGUGUAUAAAGUAAUAAAAAAUGGAAAUGUGUCGAUUUUGGCUUUUUUGAAAAUUGAUAAUUUCACAUUAAAAUAAACUAAAAAAAAGUUUUUACAGUUUAAAAAAUAAUUUACUGAUUUAUUUGCUCAUAAAUUAAAAACCCCUUUAAAUGCUUCUUUGGGGUUUCUCUCUUAAGCUUAUAAUAGUAUUGAUGUGGAAAGCAAAACAAAAUCAAAUUUUAUAAAACCUGCUUAUAUUAAUGUUAAAUUAUAAUAUUUUUAAAUUUCUGAUUUAUUGGAAUUUUUAAAUCCACAAUUAGAUAAGAUGUCUGUAUCCCUUAAUAAAAUAAAUAUGAAAUAAUUUUUGUUAACAUUAUCAGAAUUGAUUGAAUCUUAAUGUAUAAAUAAAAGAAUUUUAUUUUAAGUAUUUGUAGAAUAAGUUCCAAUCCAAUAAAUAGAUAAGUAAUAAUAUUAAUUUAUAAAAAAGUUUUUAUAUUGUUUCAGAUUUACUGAAAUUGGAAAGAGUUCUUUAUAAUAUAUUAAAUUUAUCAUAUAGACACACAGCCUCUGGUGGUCUUAUUAGUUUGAGUUUGAGUAUUAAUAAGGAAAAUAAUGAAUUAAGUUUUAUUAUAGAUGGAAGUGGUUGUGGUUUCAAUGAUGAAGAUAUAGAAAAUAUUAAUUUAUGGAUCAAAUCAUAAUCUGAUUUUAAAUUUAAAAAGAAACAUUUAGUAAUAAAGAAAGAAUUAAAAAUGUCAUUAGAAAUAACAAAUAAUCUAAUAAAUAGUUUAGGUUUUUGUGAUUCAAAUUUAGAAGUAGCAUAAUCUGAAACAGGAACAUCAUUUAAAUUUAAAAUAAGCAUGAGAGAUAGUAAGACGACAGAAAAUUAAUAAGAGAAUUAAACUGUUGGAUUUAUACUGAGAUAGAGAAGUUUAAGAAAUAUGAAAAGUUCUUAAAACAAUGUUGGCACAAUAAAAUCGAUAUUUUCAUCUUAAGAUUAAUAUAUUCAAGUGAGUUCAUAAAAAGUGAUUGAAGAACCAUAAGCAAAUUAACCUUUAACAAAUAAGGUUAAUCUUUAAUAAUGGUAAAAGAAACAUAGAAAAAUGAAACGAGCCCGUUCUUCAGUUAUGAAUAAAGGAUUGAUUGAUUGUGAUAAAUUAAUUUUGAUUGUAGAUGAUGAACCAUUUAAUCAUGAUACAUUAAUACUUAUGUUGAAAAGUAUGGGAUAUAAGUAUUUUCUUAAAGCAUUUAAUGGCUAGUAAGCUAUAGAUAUGAUUUAAGAAAAACAAUUAGAUAUUUGUUUAAUAAUUAUGGAUUUAGAUAUGCCAAUUAUGGGAGGAAUUGAAGUAAACUAUAAAUUUUAUAUAAUUAGGCUACAAAAAUAUUAAUCUAAAUGAUGAUUGAUUUAGAUUUAGCCUAUAUUCCAAUAAUGGGAUGUACAGCUCAUGAUGAUAGAGAAACAUUAGAUUUAUGUAUUGAAGUAGGCAUGCUUCAUGUUGUCUAAAAACCAGUUUUUGUCAAAAAUUUAAGAGAGGCAUUUUAAUAUAUUCUUCAUAAUGAAGAUGUUAAAAAGCGAUCAUAAUAUUUCUUAACUUCUUAGUUAUAAAUUUGA